AGUGACAAAGAAUUUCUACUCUUUUUUUUUUUUUUUUUUGAGUAAGAAUUUCUGCUCUUCUACGGUACCAAAAUUCUAAACCUAUUAGGAUUUCCAAAUACUAAUUUAUAAACAACCCACCAACGUUUUCCUUUUUUACAAUUUCACAUUGAUAUUAUAUAUAUUUAGGGUUUUGUUCAAACUUUCAUCAUCACUAAACCAUGUCGAAUUAUUUACCCACAGAUCUCGUGCUCGAAAUCCUCUGCAAACUGCCGGUUAAAUCCUUAGUCCGUUUCCUCACCGUUUCGAAAUCUUGGCGGUCGAUUAUCACCACCCCCGCCUUCAUCGCAUCGCACCUCUCGAACGCCAAAAAUCGAACCCUCGUCCACGAAAAGGAACUCCAUUCGUUCCUUACUAUCGCUGAAAACGGACCCUUUGGAACAUUCAGUUCUUCCUCAAAGCUCGAAUUUCCGUUCAAAUCCGAUCAAACUUUCAGAAUAGUUGGCUCUUGCGAUGGUCUGAUCUGCUUAUCGGACGACGAGUUCCGCGAUUCUUCGCAAUGCAGUAUUAUCAUAUGGAACCCAUCCGUUAGAAAUCAUCGAGUUUUACCAAACCCUACGAUCAAUCCGAAAACGCCCCACUUUGUUGUGCUGGGUUUCGGAGUUGCUAGUCAUGCUUACAAAGUUGUAAGAUUGGUUUAUUGCAUGAAACCCAACGAUAUUAAUUUAAGUUUUAUGCAACUGGUUGAGAUAUUUUCACUCGAGACGUGGAGUUGGCGAAAGUGGGGCGAAGUUGAUUUAAUUCCUCCGCAUGUUUUUCCGUCUACGACUUGUCCAUCGGUUUUCUCGAACGGGGUUGUGCAUUGGCUUUCAGAAGACGAUAGUUUUCGACGUAGUUCGAUUCUGGCCUUUGAUGUUGGCGAUGAGGUACUCGGUGACGUAAUGCUUCCAGACGAGUUAGCUGCAUGCGUAUACGAAAGUUUACUGAUGUUGCGUAUUUUCGUGAUUGGGGAAUCACUGGGAGCUGUUAAAUACGAUAGAGGCAAUACGUCGUGCGAUGUGUGGGUGAUGAAGGAGUACUGUGUGAGAGAAUCUUGGACUAAGUUGUACACGAUUCGUUUGCUGAACGUGGUAUCUAGAGUAAUCGGGUUCUGGAAGAGUGGUGAAGCUUUACUGUUCUUAUAUAGGCAGGGGAUCGCGCCGUAUACGGAUCGUUCGGUUAGGUUUUGUUUAGUGGUCUAUAAUCCAGAUACUCGGCAGACGAAGGAUCUUGGGAUUUAUGGAUCUGGUUGCUUCUAUGUUAAUAGUUAUGUCGAAAGCUUGCUCUUGCUUAGAAUUGGCGGCGAAUUGAUCCAAUAGUAUUGACUUUUAUUUACAUAUAUUAUCGGUUGAACUCGUGAAAUGAUUUUAUCGUAUCGACUUCUAUGUAUUUCGCCUUUGACAUUUUUUA